AUGGCAUUGCUAGAAUUUUAUUUUGACACUGAUGCCUGUGAUCCUCACUGUAUCCAUCCAGCGUUUCGCAAUAGUACGACAUCGGCGGUAGCGCCUCGACAGAACAAAAAUUACGAAAGUGCGGCGUCGGAUGGCGACAUUGAGUGGGUGGGCAAGAGACUGGAAAGGGAAUUGGGCGAGAUGUUCCGAGAUCACACGAACAAAUUGAAUACAGACUACAAUGGCAAG